CAGCAGCAGCAGGAGCAGGAGGAGCAGGACAUCCUGUUGGCAUCAGCAGCGACACACCUGCUGCAGGUGUUUCAGUGAACCCAGCUGUCAGCAGACGACUUCCUUUGCCCCUCUGCGCAGGCUCAGAACGUGACGUCAGAGCGUGUGUGUCUCUUUAAAUCUUUACCCGCCCCCCCUCCUCGGUGUGCGUGUCAGUGACCGGUGUGUUCUCCUCAUGGCGGCCGCUCAGGACUCGUUCUACCUGGGCUUCGACUUCAGCACGCAGCAGCUGAAGGUGGUGGCGAUUGAUGGAGACCUGAACGUGGUCCAUCAGAACCACGUCCUGUUUGACUCGGAGCUGCCUGAGUUCAGGACUCAGGGGGGGGUCCAGCUCCACGCCGACAGACUGACCGUCACCUCUCCUGUUCUGAUGUGGGUCAAGGCUCUGGACCUGCUGUUGGACAAGAUGAGGAGGGCGGAGUUUGACUUCUCCAGAGUCAGAGCGCUGUCAGGCAGCGGCCAGCAACAUGGCAGCGUGUACUGGAGAAGAGGAGCGUCUGAGACUCUGAACCAGCUCGACCCGGACCAGAGUCUGUACCAGCAGCUGCAGGGCAGCUUCUCGGUGUCGGACUCUCCGGUGUGGAUGGACUCCAGCAGCAGUCAGCAGUGUCAGGACCUGCAGGCAGCAGCAGGAGGAGCUCUGAGACUGGCAGAGAUCACCGGAUCCAGAGCCUACGAGCGUUUCACAGGAAACCAGAUCGCCAAACUGCGGCAGAACCGGCCGGAGGAGUUCCAGGACACUGAGAGGAUCUCACUGGUCAGCAGUUUUGCGGCGUCUCUCUUCCUCGGCGGUUACGCUGCCAUCGACUACAGCGACGGUUCGGGGAUGAAUCUGCUGGACAUCAGGAGCAGAACCUGGUCUGAGAUCUGCCUGGAAGCCACCGCUCCACAUCUGGACCGACUGCUGGGAGCUCCACUGCCCCCCACAUCCGUCCUGGGUCCUGUCUCCUCCUACUUUGUGCGUCGAUGUGGUUUCUCUGAGAGCUGCAGAGUGGUGGCUUUCACUGGAGACAACCCAGCGUCUCUGGCAGGAAUGAGGCUGCAGCAGGGAGACAUCGCUGUGAGUCUGGGGACCAGUGAUACAGUCUUCCUGUGGAUCCAGCAGCCUCGCCCGGCUCUGGAGGGUCACGUCUUCUGUAACCCUGUCGACUGGCAGGAGUACAUGGCUCUGCUGUGCUUUAAGAACGGCUCUCUGACCAGGGAACGUGUCAGGAACGAGUGCACCGGAGGAUCAUGGGAAGUUUUCUCGGCCGCUCUGAGGGAAACGCCGCUCGGAAACAACGGAAACAUCGGCUUUUAUUUUGACACCAUGGAGAUCACUCCUCCUGCAGUGGGAGUUCAUCGCUUCGACCCGGACGACACCGAGGUGUCCUCAGUCAGUCCUCAGGUGGAGGUCCGGGCUCUGGUGGAGGGUCAGUUUCUGUCCAGGAGGCUCCAUGCUGAGAGGCUGGGAUACUCCAUCAUUCCAGGAACCAGAGUGCUGGCCACAGGAGGAGCUUCAUCUAAUAAAGAGAUUCUGCAGGUUCUGUCUGAUGUGUUCAACGCUCCGGUCUACACCAUCGAUCUGUCCAACUCCACCUGUCUGGGAUCAGCCUACAGAGCUCUGCACGGCCUGGUUGCAGAAUCUGGAGUUUCCUUCUUUGACGUGGUGAAGAAAGCACCUGAACCACGACUUGUCGCCACACCACAUCCUACAGCACAGGAGGUGUACAACCACAUGUUGAAGCGAUACGCCCGAUUGGAGGACAGAGUCCUGCAGAAGAGCAGCACCUGAACCUGAGCCGCCACAACCAAUCAGAGCUGUCGAUGGAAAUCAGACGAGGUUUAGAGGAAGUAAAUUCUGAGAGAAUCGUCUUUAUCUGAGGUUCAGUUCUAAUGAAUCAGAGCUGAUGGUGACAAUAACUGACUGACAGUUUAAAACAGUGAUCGCACUAACAUGGAUGUAAAGAACCUGAGAAGUGGAUCAUGUUAGAUAAUGUUAAAUGGUAUUUUAAUGUAGAAUUGUUUUAAUAAAGUAAAUCAUCAAAUGAAAA